CUCAUAUAUAAAUACCCUUCUUGAGUUCAUGAUUAGCAAACCUUACAGUAAACUCUGAAGAAAAAAUUUCACAGAGAAAACUUAGUUUCAGAGCUACAAAUGGGAAAGGUCUAUCCUUGCAAACCAUCUUCAUCUGCUUGCACUGCAAGCAUUAGCAGUGCAAACAUGUACACAAUUUGGAUGAAAUCUCUUGUUGUCAAUGGAAAUGGCUACACGGUCUAUGAUUCCAAUGGCAAAGUCGUUUAUCGGAUAGAUAAUUACGAUAUCAAGUGCAGAAAUGAGGUUUAUCUCAUGGAUCUUCAUGGCAAUGUUCUGUGCACAAUUUCGCGAAAGAAAUUGCUAAGAUUCGGUGUCUGGGAUGGCUACAAGGGCUGUGGCCCGAAAGUGAAGAAUGAGAAGCCAUGGUUUGAAGUUACCAACUGCUGCAACUUCUUGAAGAAAGAUUCAGAAUAUCAUGUUACUAUUGGUAGUGAUAAAAAUUUAAGCACAAACUUCUACAAGAUCGGAGAAGUGGCUAACAAAAAGUCCGAAUUCAAGAUAAUAAACGGGCAAGGAUUGAUUGUUGCAGAGGUUAAACAGAAGCUAUCAGCGUGUGGAGUUACGUUAGGACAAGAUGUAUUAAGCUUGAGAGUUGAGCCUAGUGUAGAUCAGUCGUUUAUAAUGGCUCUUGUAGCUGUGUAUGGAUUGCUUAAUAAUAGAAUGUAAAUUCUCAGUCCUUAGUCUCUUUUGAAACUUAGAAGUUCCUUGAUAUUUUCUGAGA